CUGAGCAUGUGCAUGUUGGGGGGGUGCACUAAGUCACAGAAGAAAACUUCCUCCGUCUGUUCAUAUCAGUCCCCUUACGUCUCCUACAGGGCAGCUGUAGGCUAAAUCUGAAUAUUCGGACACAAACAUAGUUUUUCCUCUGAGAAACUGGCUCCAGAGCGUCCUGCAGCUGCUUUGAGACUUUUGGCAAUUCGCACCAAAAAGACACCAGGGUUCUUUUUGUUUUUUUCGUUUCUUACUACAUGUAAAGGACUAAAGUGGACCAACAUUCUGCCGUAUGGAUUAACUUGGAUUUAGUUGACGGGGCUCCUGGAGAGCGGUUGUGUUGGAUUGAAAUCCAUUUUCUUGCUGCUCUCGUUGGCUCAGAUACAUGUUUGGGCAGUGUGCUGUCAGCAUGUGAGACGUGAACCAGAAGACUACCAGCAAACUCCUAAAUUCAAACAGGAUUUUCUUUACUAGUGACAAACGAACGGGGAGACAUGUCGAGGCCUCCUUCGUCCCAGACCACUCCUCAGUUCUACAGGGUCAGCGAGAGGGACCUGACAGAGAUCGAGCUGCAUUCUGUCGACUCCAUCAACGACCUCCACCGAACACACCCGGAGCACAGCCACAAAGGGAUGAGGCCUCCUCGCCCCACGUACACACCCUCCCCAAAUGGCAAUCUACGCACACAUGAUGGAACGGCGGUCAGUCAGAGAGGGCACCCACUGAGCAGCAAAUGGCAGAGACGUCUUCAGGACAUGUUGACACCGAGUUCAUCGAGAGCUUACGCCAUGGGCUGUGCCAUUAUUACCCUGCUUCUGCUCACAGUGUUGCUCAUCUUCUACUUCUUAGUUCAGCAGGGCAGUGCGAUCAGGAUGCUGACUGAGGCCAUGAAGGAAAAGGAGGCUGCAGCCCGCGAGCUUACGCUGCUGAUCCAGGAGCUGCAGGAACUGAGGCGAAACAUGACAGCAAUGAGACGAGGGACAUGAGAAACACAUGCACAAAAUGCUCAGUACUGUACGCAUGCACUCACACAAUCUUGUUUUAAAGAGGAUGUAAAAUACUUUUAAAAUGUCAAGUAUGAAACUGUGUUCCAUGUAGGUUUUGGCCUUUUGUCUUUAAACACCAGUUGAGCUUUGAGUUGAAAUGUCACAAGUACGUUUUUUGUCUUUUGCUGUAUAUUAAAAUUACAUGAAUGAAA